GCAGGUUUGACAACAAAUGACCAGUUUGUCCCCAGCUGUAGUGCUGCUCCCUGCAGUCGACUGCAGGACUGCAACAUGGAUACCUGGACCCGAUCAAGCAGGGUCACCUACAGGCGCUGGAGUAAUCCUGAACCAGGAGAUGAGGGAGAUUUUGUGGGUCACGCCGAUGAAGACCAGGCCACGGAUAAUGAGAUCUGCACUAUUGCCUCAGCAAAAGUUGACUCAGACAGCAGAGAGUCUGCAAACAGCUCUAGAAAAAAUACAGAAACCUUUACAGUGGACGAAGCUCUGGAGGCGAUCGGCUUUGGAGUCUUUCAGUGGAAGCUCUCAAUCCUUACGGGACUCGCGUGGAUCGGAGAUGCCAUGGAGAUGAUGAUCCUCAGCAUCCUGGGCCCCCAGCUGCACUGUGAGUGGAGGCUCCCCAGCUAUCAAGUGGCACUCAUAACAUCAGUUGUCUUUAUUGGGAUGGGGUUAAGUUCCUCUGCUUGGGGUAAUGUGACCGACAAGUAUGGAAGAAAAGUUGGCCUGACGGUUUGCAUGUCUUGGGCUCUGUACUACGGCCUGCUGAGCGCCUUCAGUCCAGUCUACGGCUGGCUGCUCGUCCUUCGAGGCCUCGUAGGCUUUGGCAUCGGAGGAGCGCCUCAAUCAGUGACGCUGUACUCAGAAUUCCUUCCAGUGAAGGCGAGAGGCAUCUGCAUCAUGCUGAUUGCGGCUUUCUGGGCUAUUGGCGCUGUGUUCGAGGUCCUCCUUGCUCUGUGGGUAAUGCCCACUCUGGGUUGGAGGUGGCUGCUCGGCCUUUCCGCCAUUCCAUUGGCAAUCUUUGUUUCUUUCAGCUUUUGGUUGCCUGAAAGUCCACGUUUUGAUGUGCUGUCAGGAAAACGACAAAAGGCCAUAGCAACUUUGGCUCGCGUCGCCCGAGAGAAUGGCAAAGAAAUGCCGCGGGGAACACUCGUUGAAUAUAAACAGAGUGAACGUGGACAAUUUAAAGAUCUUUUUUCUCAUCGGUACUGGAAGACCACUCUUCUUCUAUGGUUUAUCUGGUUUGCAAAUGCCUUCUGUUACUACGGGAUUGUCCUGUUGACCACUGAGCUGUUCCAAGCAGGCGAAUCGUGCGAAACGACCCAGGGAGCCAAGAUCGAACCCAGGUGUAGCCUUGAAUGCAAAUAUUUGACAUCGGAUGAUUACAAGGACCUUUUAUGGACAACCUUGGCGGAGUUCCCAGGCCUUUUGAUCAUCCUUUUUGCAGUCGAUUACCUCGGCAGGAAGAAAAGCAUGGCGAUUUGUUUCUUCAUGUUUUCUUUGUGCAUUCUGCCCUUGUUUGCUUGCAUUGGGAGAAUAGCUAUCACGAUCUUCAUCUUCAUUUCCAGAGCCUUCAUCUCAGGAGGAUUCCAAGUUGUUUUUGUUUACACACCAGAGGUUUUUCCUACUGAAAUCAGAGCCUUGGGAAUGGGGACGUCCAGUGCUGUUGCAAGGAUUGGUGCUCUGAUUACACCAUUUGUGGCUCAGGUGAUGCUCAGGACGUCAGUGUAUCUGACCCUUUCGGUUUACUGUGGCUGCAGUCUGCUGGCUGGAAUUGCAUCCUUAAUUCUGCCUAUUGAAACCCUUGGGAGGGGUCUGCAGGAGUCCAGCCUUGACCAGGAGGCUGUAGAGCAUACAACCAACAUAACCACCAGUCAGUCAAAUGGUACAACACACUCUACGGACCAGUAAUGGGUCAACCUGGGAGAAAAGAUAAGGUUUUUGUGCCCACUAAGCUUUCUGAGGAUACAGUUGCUUAUGGAACGAUGGACUGAAUUAUAAGAAGGACGAUGGCUGAAGAGCGUCUGUGGACAAUCUCAUUAUGGGCUGGAGGGAAAUACCAGAAGGCCUGCUGUCUGUGUCUAAUGAUGGCAGUAGGAUGUUUGUUCUGGAACUGUUUUCUUCAUGGUACUCGAUUUAGACGAAAAAACUGUCUAAACUCUUGAAACAGUUUAAUACUAGACCACAAGAUAUUAAAAAUCAAACAAAACUUUGAUGUAUUUAUUUAUAUAAAAUCAAAUGCCUUGACUCAUUCUGUCACGUCACUUACCCAAAGUCUCACUGUACGCUUUGACCAAUGGUCCAAUGAGAGACGUCACAAUUGAAUGCUUUGGUCAUUUUUAUUUUUUACCAUAUAUAUUUAUGGAUGCGGUUAAUUUUCUUUUUGUUACUCGACAUCCACAAGAUGCUGCUGCUUAAUUUCUUAGCUUUAGAAAAAACUAAAUAUAUUAUACUUGGGGCCAAAUGGAAAGAUCAUUACUUUUCAAAAUAAAUGGCCUUACAGUUUGCACACAAAGACUCUCUAUGUCUUUGUGUGUAUUUUACUUAACCAAAUGUGAAACCCCAUGAAAAAAAAAAAUCACAACUUUAGUAAAAUAAAAUCUGAUAUACUGGAAGGAAAGAAAUUCUUAUUGUGUUAGAUUUUACAAUAUCCCUCUAUUUUCAAAUUUACCAAAUGUUUUUUGUUUUUUUUCUUUUGGGAUGGAAAGCUUUUUAAUUGUCAUCUCUGGUAUGUCAAAA